GGAUCAUCAGAGUGGCGCUCAGUGAGUAAACCGCCGCUGCAGGGGUAGGAGGAUCGCUCUCUGUCGGAUACUUACCAUCUGUGUACUUCAACCCACUCGGGAGAUGCAAUCCGUGUUUUAAAUCGUGUGGAAACUCCUCACCAAAUCCAAGAUGACGGUUGAUUUUGAAGACUGCAUCAAGGAUUCUCCCCGAUUUAGGGCAAAUAUUGAUGAAGUGGAGACAGAAGUUGUGGAGAUCGAAGCAAAACUAGAUAAGCUGGUGAAGCUAUGCAGCGGGAUGAUCGAGGCUGGGAAGGCGUACAUCAGUGCCAACAAACUGUUUGUCAACGGCAUCCGGGAUCUGUCUCAGCAGUGCAAAAAGGAUGAGAUGAUCUCGGAGUGCCUGGAAAAGUGCGGGGAAAGCCUGCAAGAGAUCAUAAACUACCACAUGAUACUGUUUGAUCAAGCCCAGCAUUCUGUGAAGCAGCAGCUGCACAACUUUGUGAAAGAGGAUGUUCGGAAAUUCAAGGAGACCAAGAAGCACUUCGACCGGGUGCGGGAGGAUAUGGAAAUAGCGCAGGUAAAGAACGCUCAGGCGCCCAGGAACAAGCCACAUGAGGUUGAAGAAGCCACCAGCGCGCUCAGCAUCACCCGAAAGUGCUUCCGACACCUUGCUCUGGACUACGUCCUGCAGAUUAACGUCCUUCAGGCAAAGAAGAAGUUUGAGAUCUUAGAUGCGAUGCUGUCCUUCAUGAACGCCCAGUUCUCGUUGUUCCAGCAGGGCUAUAACCUCCUUGAUGAGCUAGACCCGUACAUGAAGAAACUUGCUGCUGAGCUCGAUCAGCUGGUCAUUGAUUCUGCCAUGGAAAAGAGGGAAAUGGAACAUAAACAUGCAACUAUUCAGCAAAGGACCCUCAUGCAGGAUUUUUCAUAUGACGACUCGAAAGUGGAGUUCAACGUGGAUGCCCCUAGUGGCGUGGUGAUGGAGGGCUACUUGUUCAAAAGGGCUAGUAACGCCUUCAAGACCUGGAACAGACGGUGGUUCUCCAUUCAGAACAAUCAGCUAGUCUAUCAGAAGAAGUUGAAGGAUGUUCUGACGGUGGUAGUGGAAGACCUCCGAUUGUGUUCUGUUAAACCAUAUGAAGAUAUCGAGAGGAGGUUCUGCUUCGAGGUCGUCUCCCCGUUCAAGAGCUGCAUGCUUCAAGCUGAGUCUGAGAAGCUAAGACAGGCUUGGAUUCAGGCGGUUCAAGCCAGCAUUGCUUCAGCGUACAGAGAGAGCCCAGACACUUUCUACAUAGAGCAUCUGGACAGAACUGCCUCUCCGUCCACCAGCAGCAUCGAUUCAGCCAGCGAGCCGCGGGAGCGCAGCGCCCGGGGUGAGACCAUCCUGCAGCGUAUCCAGAGCCUGCCAGGGAACGAGCAGUGCUGCGACUGCGGUCAGGGCGACCCGCGCUGGGCCUCCAUCAACCUGGGCGUCCUGCUGUGCAUCGAGUGCUCCGGCAUCCACAGGAGUCUUGGGGUCCACUGUUCAAAAGUGCGUUCCUUGACGCUUGACUCAUGGGAACCAGAGUUAUUAAAGCUGAUGUGUGAGCUUGGAAACAGCGCCAUCAACCACAUAUAUGAAGGCUCAUACCAAGAACAGGGUCUGAAGAAACCAUUACCAUCCAGCUCAAGGCAGGAAAAAGAGGCAUGGAUUAGAGCGAAGUAUGUGGAGAAGAAAUUCCUGAAGAAGCUGGGCUCCACUGAGGCCCUCGUCAAUGGGGAGAGGAAGUCGGAGAGGCACUGGAGUGUGAAGAAAUGCCGGAGGCACAACAGCGCCACUACUGUUCCCAAAACACAGAGAAGAUACAGACAAGAGCCUGGCAGCACGUCCCCUUCUGCUCUCUCAAUUGCAGCGGCCAAAUUCAGACGAGAAUCUUUGUUUUGUCCUGAUGAGCUGGAUUCUCUCUUCUCUUACUUUGAUAAUGGAUCUGGCCCUCGAAGUUUGAGUAGCGACAGUGGCUUGGGAGGCAGCACAGACGGAAGUACGGACAUCCUGGUGUUUGGCUCGGUGGUGGACAGCGUCACAGAGGAGGAGUGUGAAGUGUCUGAAGAGUCAAGCGGUGAGACUGAGGCUGAGACUUCAGACCCGGAGGACGCGAGGGAGAUGGAUCCUGGAACGCUGCUCUAUAAAGCCUCUAAAGCUCGCAACCUGCCCGUCAUGGCGGAAGCUCUAGCCCAUGGCGCCGACGUUAAUUUGGUUAACGACGAGGAUGAAGGAAAGACGCCUCUUAUACAAGCUGUUACUGGGGGUUCUCUGGUGGCCUGCGAGUUCCUGCUGCAGAACGCUGCUGAUGUGAACCAAAGAGAUGCAAGAGGGAGGGGGCCCUUGUACCACGCUACUUAUCUGGGUCACACAGGGCAGGUUUGUUUGUUCCUCAAAAGAGGAGCUGCACAGAAUGAUGGAGAUGAAGACGGCCAGGACCCUUUGAGCAUAGCCGUGCAGCAAGCCAAUGCAGAUAUAGUCACGCUGCUGCGACUGGCAAGGAUGAACGAUGAAAUGCGGGAGUCAGAGGGGCCCUUCGGACAGCCAGGAGACACAACAUACAUUGACAUCUUCAGGGAGUUUUCCCAUAUGGCCUCCCACAACCCGGAGAAGCUGAAGCGUAGGAGUUUGCACUUCCGACACUCCUUCAGGUAGUCCUCUGAAUAUCUGGAGAGGAAGGCUGCCUCCCCUUCAUACUUGAGAUUCAAUAACAAGUGACCUGGAGGAAGAAUCUGAAGCUAUUCAUCAUUCAUCAUAGGGUGCCACUUCCUGUCCCGCCUUAAAAAUGUGCUUAAGGUAGAUAGAUUAUGUCUCAGAAAAGACUUUAUUUUGGUAGGACAAUGUUUUUUUUUUUGAGGAUUUGCUGGUCUUCUCCUUUUCAAUAUAACUAUAAAAACAUUAUUAUUCCUUCAAAAGGUUAGAUAAUUACUUGUUUUUUCUGUAGUAUAUACGGUAUUUACCAAUUUAUUCUGUCUGGAUCAUUGAAGGAAUCUCAUUAUUACCUUAUUUUUCUACAUGCAUGCAUUACAUUUCAUACUUAAACUUUCAAAUACAGCUAGGAAGUGUUACAUUACCCAUCAUCAUCAUCAUCAUCAUCAUCAUCAUCAUCAUCAUCAUCAUCAUAUUCUUGCAGUGUUAUUUAAUGUGCCGUCUAUUUUUAUGAGAAAUAUCUUCUGUUUUGCAUCGACUACGCUGGUCUAGUCCUUGUAAAAUUUUGGUUUGAAUGUAACUUGCUUUACCACUAUGAGAUGAGGUCUUUUUUGUCCUGUAAGCAUGCUGGAGAAGCAAAAUAAAAUGUUAAUAUAUCUUGAAUGAGAGACGAGUGCAAAUAAAAGCUUUUCUUUUA